GAAUUGGAAUUAAUUAUCAAGGAUCUAACCAGCCAACUCUAUGAUGCCAAGAACGAACUGCUCGUUCAGGAGGCAAGAAUUCGCGAAGAAGUUUGCCAAGCAAUGACGCGGGAGAUGGUUGACAUGGAAGGAAAAUAUGACUUUUGGGUCUAA